GCUGCGACUUGUUGCCCUGGCUUGUCUCACCACAGCCAACGGCUUCAAUCCCCCCCUUCGGCCUCAUAUCUAGCGACAUGUGCGUCUAACAGCAUCUGUCACGAUUCCAGUCGCCGUGGUCGAUCACCCUUUUGCUGUGUUUCGACUGAUUCCCUCUAUUUGAUCGUCCGCAAGAGAGCAAGACUUUCUUCUCUCGCAUCUUCCUCAAUUCGACUCUCGCCACAGUUUCUUCCUGCUUCCCGGCAAUUGUCGCCAUCAUGGCGUCAACAAAUGCGCGCUAUGUGCGCUAUCUACUAAUCGCCUUCUUCACAAUCCUCGUCUUCUACUUUGUCUCCAAUUCAAAGUAUGAGGGCGUCGAUCUCAACAAGGGCACCUUCACAGCUCCGGAUUCGACCAAGACGACACCAAAGCCGCCAGCCACUGGCGAUGCCAAAGACUUUCCUCUGGCCCUGACGCCGAACGAUCCAGGCUUCAACGACCUCGUCGGCAUCGCUCCCGGCCCUCGAAUGAACGCCACCUUUGUCACCCUCGCCCGAAACAGCGACGUCUGGGACAUUGCACGCUCGAUCCGCCAGGUCGAGGAUCGCUUCAACCGACGGUACAACUACGACUGGGUGUUCCUCAACGACAAGCCGUUUGACAACACCUUCAAGAAGGUCACGACGUCCCUGGUGUCGGGCAAGACGCACUAUGGCGAGAUUGCGCCCGAGCACUGGUCGUUCCCCGACUGGAUCGACCAGGACAAGGCCAAGAAGGUGCGCGAGGACAUGGCUGAGCGCAAAAUCAUCUACGGCGACUCGGUCAGCUACCGCCACAUGUGCCGCUUCGAGUCGGGCUUCUUCUUCCGCCAGCCGCUGAUGAUGAACUACGAAUACUACUGGCGCGUGGAGCCCUCCAUCGAGCUCUACUGCGACAUCCACUACGACCCCUUCCGCCUGAUGGUUGAGCAGGGCAAAAAGUACAGCUUCGUCAUCAGCCUGUACGAGUACCCGGCCACGAUUGCCACGCUGUGGGAGAGCACCAAGAAGUUUAUGAAGAACCAUCCGGAGCACAUUGCCCCCGACAACUCGAUGCGCUUCCUGAGCGAUGACGGCGGCGAGACGUACAACAACUGCCACUUCUGGUCCAACUUUGAGAUUGGCAGCCUGGAGUGGCUGCGCAGCAAGCAGUACAUUGACUUUUUCGAGUCCCUGGACAAGGACGGCGGCUUCUUCUACGAGCGAUGGGGCGACGCUCCCGUCCACUCCAUUGCCGCCGGCCUGAUGCUCAACAGGAGCGAGAUUCACUUCUUCAACGACAUUGCCUACUGGCAUGUGCCCUUUACCCACUGCCCCACGGGCGAGAAGACGAGACUGGAUCUGAAAUGCCACUGCGACCCCAAGGAGAACUUUGAUUGGAAGGGCUACUCUUGCACAUCCCGAUUCUUUGAGAUGAACGGCAUGGACAAGCCCGAAGGCUGGGAGAACCAGCAAGACUAAGAGAAGUCGGGAGCUUUGACGAAAAGGCGACUCAUCAAGUUGACAUGGUCGAGAUUGGCGAGUUAGCAUGUUUACGCAUUCUCGACUUGCAUUUCGCGGACAGGUCCUCAACGCAUCAAAUGUAUGUGCAUGAACGGAUGAAUCCAAGGGGUUUACGAAAAAUAAGAAAAGUGAAAAACAGGGAAUGGCAUUUUGUUACAUGGCGGGAGGCAUAAAGGGGCGUCUUGUGUCUGUGUCUGGCUUGAGGAUUUGGACAAUGACUGCUGUGUAAAUAUACAUGUAUGGUGGACUCGGGAAUGAUGUGGUAUCUGCUUGA